AUGGAUAAAAAGAGGCAUUCUGUCCUUCAAAAACAUAAACAGCCGCUUUUGGAAGAGAUUGUGCGCUCCAUGGAUAAGUAAGGCGUUCACGAAUUUAAUUUUUCCUAUUUUCUGUCAUAUCAAAAAGCGGUGUCAUUGAUCCCGAUUUCCGUCAAAUAGUUAGAAAAAAACCGCCUAGGAUAGCGAAGAAUAUACGCUCCAUCGAGAAUUCGAGUAUUUCUAUUUUCUGAAGAUUUUCCUUCUCAUAAUCUUCGCUUGAAACUUGGAAUAGCUUCUAUUGAAGCCUAAUAUUCUCAAAAAACAGUCUUUUUUUCUCAUUUCAAGAAGUUUCCAACCAUUUUUCCUACUCAAGAUUUGCUUCAAAAUUUCAUUUUUCAGUUUUGGACAAAAGGUACGCCUCGUGGUACACGGAAGACGUGAGAGAAAUGCCACACGCCGACUUCGUCUGGACUUGUUUCCCACUGAUUUUGGGCGGCUUCUUCCGAUUCGCCUACAUUGUUUCGGUUGUUCAUUUUAUCUGCAUUUUCGCACUUGAACGAACGGCUGCAUCUUAUUUUCUGAGGUAAGCGGAUUUCAGCUGCUUUCUAAGGUCAUUUGCAGCCGGUCUGAGUUUGAAACGGACGAAUGCAAAAAAUGAUCUUCAUCAUGACGCAGGUGCAAAAUAUGGAAAUAAUGUCCACUAGAGCUUCCCCAGCCAUCAUAUAAUACUGAACGGUUGGAUAGUCGUUUUUGCCGGCUUCAUUCAGAACGAACAUUGGUAGCCAUAUUAUGGUGGUGUUGUUGAGGAUUAGGUUCAUUUUUUGACUGGAAAAAGGCGACUUUCGGAUUUUCUAGUCGAUUUUUAAACGAGGAAUGGAUCGAGACUUUUUCUGGGACUUACAAAUCGGACCUUUAAAUUGCAAAUUUUCAGGCCGCUCAAAAAAUUUAACAGCGAUUGUAUACAAUUCUUAAAAAAAGUUCGAAAGUGCUCUGGACCUUUCUGAGAAUUUCUAGUGACCACUUUAGUGGCGUCAGCACUCCUAAGUGAUCCCUAGAAAUGCUCAUAAAUGUCAGGUUUCCGUUACCGAGAUUCAAGAACAAAAAGUAACUUUCAAAAGAAAAUUUUGAAAUUGAAAAACUAAAAACCAAGAAAUUGGAUUUUCGGUUUUUUUUUUCUUACAGACCUGCCUUUUCACAACGAUAUUCAUGUAACGAAAAGUGAUAGAACUGAAAAAAAUUGAGGAAAUUAUUUUUUUGGUUUUUUGGUUAAAGCUCGGGACUUUCUUGGGCCGGGAUUAAGAAAAGAUCAAAAUUCUCCCUGGGCAGACCAAAAAAAUUUGAAUUUUUGGCUUUUCCUUAAAUUUUGUGAGUUUUAAAAGCGGUAUUCAUGUGACAGAGCAGCAUCACGGUGUUUCUUUUGCGACGCCCCGCCCACUUUUCUCCGUCAAUUAGGACGUGUUUAGUGCAUGCACAAAAAAUUUGGAAAAUAAGGUUAACCGAUGAUAUACUCAGGCACUGACGGCGCGUGUUUGUUGCCAAAAGUGCGCAUGCGCGCCGCCUGCUGCGCGCACGCGCGGGGUGUCUCUUUUGUUUUUUAGCUUUUUAACUAAUUGAAAAGUUAUAAAUUUAAUAUUUUUCAUGUCUGUUCAUCUCUUAACAUUGCUCUGCACCAGUUUAUAACAAUUAGAUUGCCCAAAAAAAUUUUUAAAUAUCAAAGUUUCACUUGGCAAUUCUUUUUUUCAUAAAUUUGUUCGAAAGUGCUCGGAACAACUUUAAAAACGUGAGCAGGGACACAAGGUAGUAUCACAAAAAAAUAUAAAAAAAUCUAUUUCAAAACCGUAUUUCAGUGAAAAAAAGGCGAAAAAAAGAAUCAGUACCCCGCGCGUGCGCGCACCAGUGCCUGAGUAAGUGUGAGAAACGAAUGAACAUUGAAGAAAAAAAGACGAGGAAAUUAAAAGAGAUUAAAUAAAAACUAUAUUGCUGUUGAGAAACAAAUAAAAGAUGUUUUACAGCAAGUACUUUUUUUAUUAUAAAAAAGUUGACGGAAUAUCCGGAUAUAAAUGAAUUCGGAACAUACUUUCUCAACUUCACAGACUUUUUUUCAUGUAACUUCAUCUCAUUGAUGUCCACAACCUAGGAAUCUGAACAAUCGACAAAAAAAUAGAAUAAGAAAAACAUAAAAUGGGGUGAAACAUGUUCCAUACAAACAGGUGGAGAUUUUUCAAAACGCUUCUUCAUCACGAGUUUUAAAGUUAGCCUCACAGAACUACUUUCAAAAAAACGUCUAACAACCCAGAGUAUACCCCGAUCGUGGUCCCGCAAUACUAUCAGCAAUCUACGAAAAGAAAAAGUGAAAAAAUAUGAAAAAAUUGACAAAAAAUCAAAAAUAAAGCCACUUUUUCAAAUUUCGCGGGCGAAUUUCGAGAAGUGCGCAGACUUUGCCGAGUUUCAAAUUCCUUGCAUUUUCUUCAACUGGCAGAAACGCCGUGGCAUAGAACUUUAAAAAAUGAGUAAAAAAAUAUUCAUUUCGAUUUCAUGUUUAGAACUUGGGACUUGCUCGGGCCAUGACUGAAACAAGAGCGAAAUUCUCCUACUUUCGACCUUCUUUGAAUUUUUUUCAACAGAAUGCUUUUUAGUUAAAUCUUGAAAAAAAUCUAUAAAAAAAUAAGAAAAAAAUAUGAUGAACUGAAAGAAUUUUUCUUUUUCACAAAAAAAGUCACUUCAAAUUUAAGUUUAACCGAAGAUGUGCAUGGAAAAAAAUUACGGGUUUAUAAUUCAUAAGGAUCUUUUUGAUUAUAUGUUUUCACAGUUAUAAUUAAACUUCUAAUGACGCUUUUUUUGCGUUUUAUUUUCCUGUUGAAAAAAAUGACCUUAUAAUAACUCUAUUCUGAAAAAAGCCUUUUUUUCGAAAAAUCCAAAAAGUAAAUCCAAUUCCAACUGAACUAGAUUAGGCAUAAAAAAACUCACGAAGUCUUUAUUUUUCUUGUUAUUCGCUUUGAAAGGGGAAAAAAAGAAGGUUCAGAGUGAGAAAAAUCCACAAAAAUUGAAUGUAAAUAUUAAAACAAGAAAGAAAACUGGGCAAGUUUGUUGAGUUAGAACAAGACGUCUUUUCAGGUGCUUUUCUGAAAAAAACGAGGUUUUUUUUCUUUCGGUGUUGAAGGCUUCAAAGAUCAAGAGCUAGUGGAAAACGUGAUUGCCUAGAAUAGAGUAUUUUAUAAAUUCCAUAAAAAAAUCUCAAAAAUUAAAAGAGAGAAAAAGGGAAUUUCAGUCUUAAAAAAAGCAGUUUUUUUACUAAAGAUUCAAGAAAAAAAUAUUGAAAAAAACCUGGAUUUUUUUCAUGUAGGCGUUGUUUUUUUUAAGUGACCCCUUGAGGAUUAAGUUCAAGUGGCUACUUGAGAAACUUCUUAGAGAUUUUUGAGGAGUCAAAAUAGAUUUUUUCAGCCCGAUUUCCGAGUCCCUAAAUUUCUUGAAAAAGCAAUUUUUACUAGAAGUUCAAAGAAUAUUCUAAAAAAAAAGCCGGAUCUGUUUUCAUGAAGGCGGAGAUUCAAGUGGCCCCUUGAGGUUUGAAAUUGAGGGACUACUUGAGAAAUUUCUCAAAAAAAUCAGAGACUUUAUAGACUUUUUUUAGUCAAAAAUGGAUUUUUAGUGUAAUUUCAAACUCCCUAAAGUGACGUUUUGAGGAGGAAACAGGGUUAUUUGAUACUUUUCCAAGUGAUCCCUUAAGAGUUUCCAAAACUUCUCAAGAAACAGAGGGAAAUCGAAGUGAAAUAAAAAAUGAGGAAAUUUAAAUCAGAAAGCCUUAAGUGGCCACUUGACGGUAGUAAAUUACCCCUCAAGAGAAUUUUUCCCAAUUCGCCACUUAAGGGGCCUCUUAGCAACUAGCAAAAUUCAAAAAAAUGUUCAGUAGAAUUAAUUAAAUCCUGCGCUGAACCUCUUAAGUGACCCCUUGGCUCUCUUCUUAAGGAAUAAAUAUGUGUUUACUAAGAAUCUUAAAUUUAAGAAGAGGAUGCUGAUCGAUUCGAAAAAAAUGAGAGAAUGUGCAAAUAAUAAUGAGGAAAUUUUUUUGUUCUAAUAUUCUUAGUUUGCAGUGGAGCGUAAACCGCUUAUUAGUGACUUUUUUGGAGCCACCAAGCUUGAAAAAUGAUGAAUAACAAGAUUUAUUAGAAGAAAUCUGCAUGUGUGACGAUUUUCUAUUCAGAAGAACACUUGAAAUUCACGAUUCAGCCUCUUUUUUUGCCUUCUGGACCCCUUUUAAAAAAGUUUUUUUAACGGAGAAUGAUUGAACUGUGAUGAUCGGAAGAUUAAAAUAGAAAUCUUCAUUUUCAAGCACAAAAAAAUGUUCAAAAUACAAAAUUUAAUCACCAAACUUUUUGAAACUGAGCAAAAUAAAUUUCCAUCUCAUCGUUUGAAAUCUCCAACGUUAUCGUUGGCACCGGCUGAACUUUUCGCUGUUUCCUUCGAAGUCUUGGAAAUUUCUUGAAAAAUUCCUCCCGCCAUUCAGGAACUGAGUAGAUUAUCACUGGGGCGAUGUAGAUUGGGUUCCUGGAAAUUCUUUUUAGAAUAUUCAAAAAAAUGUUGAAAUUGAAUGAAGUGAUUCACCUGGUUAGAUGCUUAAUCAUAAUGUUGGAAACUGAUAUUGUUUAGAAAAAUAGGAAAUUUUCAUAUUUUGGGCUACUGUAGUCUUGAACUGUGUAUACACGCUACGCAAUAGCACAUGAUGUCAUCAUUUUCGAAAAAAAUUUAUACUACUUAUUGUAAUUUCAUUUUUUUAAAAAUUUUUUUAUUAAUGUGAUUUCGUUUUUUUCGAAUAUUUCUGUUACAACCGAUUUGAUGGAUCGAGAAAAAAAUGUCUUGAAGUGAAGAAUAGCCUUCACGGUGCUUCGAAACAAAUUUUUUUUGUGACGAACUUUGUUUUUUUCUAUGAUGGAGUUUUUUUGCUUUAUUUCGAGAUUUUUUCCGUUUUUUGUUUGAAUCGUUUCAGUUGUCUUGAAUAUUUAAAAAGAGCGUAAAAAUUUUUUCCAAUCUCAAUUCCAGACAAACUGGAUAAAAAAAGUUUUUAAUUUGUGAAAAUAAUUUUUUUCAAGAGACUAGGUCGAAUCGAUUUUCUUCGCAUUUGAAUAUUGAGUUUCUCUGUUUAAUUUUUUUGAAAAAAAUUAAUGAAAAAAAUUCAAAUUUUUUUCUAUGAUUAGUGUAACUUUUUCUUUUGAAAUUGAGCCUUGGAACUAAUAUUUUAUUUAUGUUUCAGAGAAGCUCCUGGAUGUGGUCAAAGGCGCAGAGAUGUUCCUGAGAAGCUUUUCGGAUCAAAAUAUGGUAUCAAUUUUGGAUACUCAGGCAAGAACGGCUGCUGCUCCUUGAAAAACUACAAAAAAAGUGGGUUUAUAUGUCUUUUUUAUGUCAGAAUAGCUUUUCGUGGUUUUUAAAGGCGCAGGAUACAGUGGCAGAAGCUUUUUGGCUCCAGUUGUAGGAUAACAAAAAAAAAUAAGUUGAGAAGAUUGCCUGCGCUUUUAAAAACUCCUAAGAGUUGUUGGAUAUGAGCCGUGUUAUUAAUAAUCUUAUUUUCAUCCUAGAAAAGCUUCUAUCGGUGUUUAAAGGCGCAGGACUACUCUUGAUUCAUUGAAUUAAUGUUGAAUACUCAGUCAACAGUGUGCUCCUGCGCCUUUAAUAAUAUUAUUUAUUUACAGGCAGAAAAAAAUAACAUGUACAGAAAAAAGAGAGAAAAAAUUGGCAUUAAGCCUGAGAUAAAUAAAUAAAAGGCCUUGAAGCAUUUUUACAAUCAAAAUGAAAAAGAAAAUCAUUUCAACUCCAAACUCAAUUCAUUCAAGACUUUUUACAGCUCGAAUAGAUCUUUUUCAAAAUUUCAUUCUGGAUAUUUUUAAAAAAAAAGCCUACACGUUCAGAAUAGCCAAGUAGAUCCGCAUAAUCGUCGGUUGAGAAUCCUCACUGAUAAGGUCGAAAACGACCAAAUUUAAUAAAACGCAACUGAUUGCCGUGAAGAAAACUAUCACGAGAAACGUUCGGCGAGCCAUCUUAAUUUAUUUUCCGAAAAGAAGAAUUCAAACGAAGACCUUCAAGGCCCGGAAAUUCUCCUUGGCCUGAAAACGGGCGGCCAGCGAGUAAGUGAAGGACCGAUGGUGCUUGUCCAUUUUGUACUGCACGUUUGUGUUGUACUUCCAGAGGACAACGUAGAGCUUAAAAAAUGUUCUUUAUGGGAUUUACAAAGUUGAAGAACGAGUUUUUCAAUUUUCUAGACAUUUUUUAAGUUUAGAUUAUUCUGGGAGCUCAUAUUGAAUCGCUUUUUUUGAGCACAUUUGACAGCUUUUUUUUAUUUUUUUAUUUUUUUUGAGCAAUUUUUUUGAUGAGAAUUUAGUUAGAGCUCUUGAUUUUUUUCAGCCUUGCAAAUUUAGCAAGAAUUGAACAUGAUAAACGCUUGGAAUAGCUGAAAAAGUUGGAAAAAUCAAUUUUGGUUGUUUUAAGGUUGAUUUUUUUGUAGUACCUGUUCCACUGCUUUUUUUGAAAAAUGUUUUUUUAUUUCUGAUUGAAAAAAUUUUUUUUACGCUCUUAGAACCUGUUUCGAAAGUAAGUAACUCCCUUAAUUUCUCCGAGCAAAUUUUAAAAAAAGAAAAAAAAACUCACAAUACAAGAUAAUAACACGCCAAAGACACCCAAACUCGUAUAGAAAACGAAAUCUACUAUCUGAGAUAUAGACAGAAAAGACCCUAUGAUACAUGUUGAAAUUGAAGAAAAAACAAGGAUAAUCGAUACAUAAAGCUUGCUGGUUUUUUCAUAGUCCCUGAAAAUUUUUUUGAUUGAAAGAUUAAUAGAAAACCUCAAAUAAUAAGUGGCGGCGAGGCGCUCAAAGACCAGACUAACGACGGCCAAGCAGGUGGCGAUAGUAUAACAAAAAUCUGAGAUAUCCGCCGAGAAAUAAUGGCCAACAAUUUCGAAUUUGAUCGAUUCGCGGCAUUUCCGAUUCGUCUUCCGUGUACCAGUUUGCGUAGACUCCAUUUCCGGCUUGAAUUUUUUUUAAAUUUUUUUAACUUUGAAAGAUUUUUUUCUGGCUGGAACCUAAUAUUUUUUUCAACUACUCAGUCUCAAAUUCUCUAUUAGUUAUGCUCAAAAAAAGUUGAAUAUUGGCCAAAAUUUUAAUUAAAAAAACUUAGUUUUUUUGUCUUGAAAUCGAUUUCCGAAGUAUUACGGAGAAAAAUUUUAUGACUUUCAAGUCCACUUGAAACACAAAUCAUCAUAAGUACUGCUUCAAAAAUCAAAAGUAAGAAAUUUCCAGCUCAAUUUUGCUCGCAUUUGGAAUGGCUCAAUGCGGGGCGGUUGGCGUGUCACUUUUAGCCAUUCCAAAUGCGGCCAUGAAUUUUCUACGUCAAGAGAUUGAAUAGUGAUAAUAAUAUUUAUAUGAUUUACAAGGAAAAAUAAACUAGAGGGCUAGUUUUAAAGUGAAGAUAUGGUGUGAAAAGAAGAAAAAAAUCCCUGAGAAUUUUUGAUUUUCGAUUAUUUUUUUCCUCAACUUUCUAUACUCUUUUUUCCUACCCUGAACUCUUUAAAGCUUCUGUUUGAUUAAAAAAUCGAAAUAGAAAAAUAUUCACUUACAAGUGAUACGAAUCAGCCCCAAUUCGUAAGGCAGGAUCAGCCAUCGAGCCGCCAAGCAAUCGAACCAUUGAACGAUAAAUGCGAAGUAGAUUAUAUUUAGAUUGAUAUGGAAGGCUCUGACCUAUAAGAUAACUUUAAAAAUAAAAUUAGUGAGAUUAGAGCUCAAUAUUUCCGUGGAAUUAUAGUCAAUGUUUCCCGACUUGAAAGGCGAGGGAGGCCGGGCAGGGGGCGGGACGCGUAGCGUGUGCGUACGCGGUUCUUGGCACGCGUCCAAUUUAACCGCCAGCGGUUACUUGGAGAGCUCGUUUAUCGCUCUUUUUCAUUUCUUUUUGAAUUAUUUAUUGAUUUUAUUCAUGUGGGCAUCAAAAAAAUAGUAGAAAAUAUAAAAAAAGAGCGGCGACCGAGCUAUUUAAAUAGUCGGUGGCGCUUGAAUUGAACACCUGUCAAGAAUCGCGUACGCACACGCUACGCUUCCCCCCUCCUGCCCCGCCUCCCUCGCCUUUCAAGUCGGGAAACAUUGACUAUAUUGAAAAGUCACGUUUUUAGCUGUGAACGCUUAAAAUUUGAUUGAUAGAAAGUUUUGAAACCUUGAAACUGUACUAAAAAUCCAAAAACGAUAAAAUAAAUUUUUCGGUAGGGUUCACGAUGUUUUACAGUACUUCUAAACUGAGUUUCAGCGGAUCUUUCCGUUUUUGAAAUUUUAUAUCAAGCCAUUUUAAAUCAAUUUUCAUUACUAAGGGCAAAAAAUCAGCACCAACCUUCAAAAUAAGACUGGACAAUUGCCAAGUGAAGAACAGCGAAACAAUAUCCAAUAAUAUUUCUAUAAAAAGCAGGAAAAUCGACGGGUUCUUCUCAUUUAAAAUAAAAAAUGGAAGCCAAUAUAUUGUUGAAUUCCCGACGAUAAUAUUCAUGAAGGCAAAAAAAUACCCUUGUGAUUAGGUUAAGUGAAGCUGGCAGGGAGUGGAAGCAGGUGGAAAAUUUUGAUUACAUUAGAAAGUUAUAUCAUCGCGGAACCCAGACGGGCAGGUUCAAAUUAAAGGAGAAGCGACGUUUUUUAUGACAUUUUAUGGGUUUCCAAGAAUCAAAAAAAAAAGUUCUGAAUGAAAAUUUGGAUAUUUUUGUAUCUCUAUCCAACUUGUCCGCAUUUGGAAUGGCUCAAAGGGUUAGAAAACUAGAAAGUUGUUCUGUAUAGGGUCCGAUUUUAAGCAGUAACAGUGCGAUUACGAAGUUUCAAACUAUUCAAAAAUGGGGAAAUUUUUCAAAUCGAAUAGAAUAUAGUUUUAAUGAUGAAUUUCCUUGAAAAAGCCCUUUUUUUAAUGGUAAAUUUCCUUGAAAAAGCCCUUUUUUUCUCACUUUUUUUUAAGGCUUUUUCUCUCUUUUUUUCUGAUGAACAGCUGUUUUAUUUCCUCAGUUUUCUCACAAGGAAAUAAUUUUUCUGAUUUAAUUUUGAAAAAGAAAACCGAAAAACCAUCCAAUCAGUGCUCACAGGAGAAAAAAAUAAAAAGAGAAGGUCCAAAAAAAUUUUUUUCAAACAUUUUAUUACAGAAAUAUGGUCUACUGGUUGAGAGAUUUUUCAAUAAUAUUAUUUAUUUACAGGCAGAAAAAAAUAA